UGUUGUUGGUGUUGUCAUGGUAACUAUAAAAUAAACCGUAUCUUUUUGCACCGUCUCAAAUUUUAACACAACACUUGUCCAGAAGCAUAUUUACUCGUAUAUGUACAUCCAUAAAUUUGCUCAUACAUAAUAAAAAAUGAAAUUAUCCUCCUUCGUAUUCGGUGCGAUCCCAUUAAUAAUUCAGUACUAUGCUAAAAAGUAUAUGGAAGAUGAUAAGACCAUAGCGUUACAAGAUUUAGAAAACGACUAUGGAAUCCCACGAAUUAAAAGUUACGACUUUAUCAUUGUUGGAGGUGGAACCGCGGGUUGUGUCGUUGCCGGCCGGCUCUCUGAACGUUUCAACGUUCUUCUUUUGGAAGCCGGGGGGACACCUAUUCCCCCCGCGCACGUGUCGUACUUCACCCGGGAUGUCGCGGUUGCUCCCGAUAUCAAUUAUUUCUAUGAGUCAGUCACCCAAAGGAAUAUGUCCCUUAGAAAUGGCGGCAUUUCCGCCUUUGAAACUGGAAAAAUGCUGGGAGGAUCGGGAUCGCAUAAUGAGAUGAUACAUCAAAGGGGAUCACCUCUCGACUGGGAUGGCUACGCCGCCAUGACGGGAGACGCCACGUGGAGGUAUGAAAAUGUGCUAGAAUUCUGGAAGAAAAGUGAAGAUUUUGUGGGACAGCUCAUCAAUCCGGAGCAAGGAGAUUAUUACGGAGUGGGUGGUCCCUUGACCUUGAACUCGGACAUACCACCCAUUUGGUCCAAGUGGGCCGAGGCAGCGGCUGAGCUAGGGUUUACAGUUGCAGACCCCAAUGCACAACAAAUACCAAGUUUUGCUCCGGUUCAAAUGCUUAUCGGUUCAGGUGCUCGUGUCAGCACUUAUACCGGAUAUAUUAAACCUUACGAAGAAAUCAGGGCGAAUCUUACGGUUAUUCGAUAUGCAAAUGUGGAACAGAUUCUUCUCGACCAAAACAAUCGCGCCUAUGGGGUAGCAUAUACCCGCCACGGAAUCCCGCAAAUAGCCCACGCAUCUAAUGAAGUCAUCUUAUCGGCGGGGGCUAUGAAUUCUCCCCUCCUGUUAAUGCUAUCCGGAGUCGGGCCUCGCGAAGUUCUUGAGCAAGCCGAAAUCCCGGUCAAAGUAAACAUACCCGCCGUCGGACAAAAUCUCAACGAUCACAUUUGGUUCAUGAUCCAAUCUUUUAAAUUCAACGCUUCCGCGUCUCCAUAUAUCCCGCGGAUCUUGGAAGAAGAUCUAGAAGCUGCGUUCACAACGUAUCUCGAAACUGGGGAAGGCGUCCUAGGUCAAGUCGAGGCCGGUCCGCAGGCCUUUCACGCAUCGUCACGCGCCAUCGUGGAGGGCGAGCCGGCUUGGUCGGAUGUCCGGAUCACGCUGACGACCAUGUGCCCUCUCAGCUUUUCUGAUGACGUAGACAGCUGGACGGCCUGUUAUCAUAUGGAAUUGGACAGGAUGAAGUCGAGGGGAAGUGUGUCUCUUAAUACGACGGCUUAUCUGGACGGUGUUAGAGAUGUUACAAAGCUGGUGUUGAUCGAUUUUAAGGCGUUUGACGUUGCGAGUGAUUUGGACGUUGCGUUAGAUGGAAUUGACCUCGUAUUUCGUAUAAUGGAAGAAACCUCUGCCUUCCAGUCGCUUGGAACGACAUUUGCGGGAACGGCGAUUAAUGGAUGCACUCACCUCCCCUUCCGAUCCAGGGAGUAUUGGGCGUGCCACGUGCAACAGGUCGCGACCACUGCGAUCCAUUCCGUCGGAACAUGUUCCAUGGGUGCAGUGACAGAUUCAAAGUUAAGAGUAAUGGGCGUCCCCGGCCUUCGCGUCGUGGAUGCGUCGGUCCUGCCAUACACGCCAAACGCUAACAUCAACGGUCCAGUUAUUCUCGUAGCGGAGAAAGCAGCGGACGAAAUUUCACAACAAUGGGGUGGUUUAAGUCAACCUUAAAAUUUUGUAAUUGUCUAAUAAAUCAUUGUCAAUUGAGGUCAAAUAAAUUGAGUCACCUUGUUUUUGAAUCAUCCCAAA